GCGGGGGGAGCUGGUGGGAGUCAGGAGCCCCAGCGAUGAGGAGCGCGGGCGGACGCAGCCGGCGCAUGCGUACUGGAGGUCCGAGGCCAGCACCGCGCGCCGCCAUUGCGGGGAGGCUGGAGUCAGAGCGGAUCUGGCGCGCGCGAGGCUGGACCGGCCCCAGCAGCCCAGUCACCCGGCGUCAUCCGCUUAGGCGGCGGGGCCGUCGGCACCCUCUCCCGCCCGGGUCCACACUGGUGGCGGCGGCGGGGGGCGGAGCCUGCCGGAGCGCCCUUUGUCUGCAAAGGUCUUCAACCUGAAAUUCUAUCUUACAAGAUCCCUGCCAGGAUGCAGAUUUGAAUACCAUAGUGAAAUGUGUACAUGAGGAAUUGAUGCUUUUAGAGAGAGAGAAAAAAGGUAAUAACAACCUUCGAGACCUCCUACAUCUCAACUCAGCAUGAACAAGGCAAGAUUCUGAGAGUGCGCAGAAAUCAUUCUUGUGGCUAUUCACUGGCUCCUGAGGCUGUCAUCAGAGAUGGGGCACCUUUAGAACCAGAGAGUGGCUGUUCCCCAUAAGGCACUGAAAAUCAACUUUCAGGAACUGCCUCAGAUCCUGAAGCUGCUGAUGCUGGUGUAUCUCCUGACUGUCAUGUAGAAGAACACAGAGCUUUGGUGACAUUACAACCUCAGAACUGCAAAGAGGUAUAAUCCCAGUGGAAGACUAAAUCCAGAGACUCACAAAGGAAGUUAUGCCUUCUCAGAGUGCUGUUUUUUCUCAGGAAGAGAACAUGGAGGAGAAAGAAAUGAAUGAUGGCUCACAGAUGGUGAGGUCCCAGGAAUCACUGACGUUUCAGGAUGUGGCUGUGGACUUCACCAGAGAGGAAUGGGACCAGCUGUACCCUGCCCAGAAGGACCUCUACCGAGAUGUGAUGCUGGAGAACUACAGAAAUCUGGUCGCACUGGGGCAUCAGCUUUAUAAGCCAGAGGUAAUCACACAGUUGGAGCUAGAGGAAGAGUGGGUGAUAGAAGGAGACAGCCUGCUAGACACCUGUCCAGAUGGAGAAAACAGACCCGAAAUCAAAAAGUCAACCACAAGCCAGAAUAUUUCUCAUGAACAUCAAACCCAGGAGAUGAUAAUGGAGAGACUCACAGGAGACAGCUUCUGGUACUCCAUCCUAGGAGGACUCUGGGAUUUUGAUUACCAUCCAGAGUUUAACCAAGAAGACCAGCAGAGAUAUUUAGGACAAAUAACUUUGAACCACAAAAAGAUCACACAGCAGAGAAACCUUGAGCGUAACAUGUUUGCAGAAAACUGUAAUCUGAGCUCAACCCUUAGGCAUCAGAGAAUUCCUUCCAUUAAAAUACCCCUGAAUUCUGACCCGCAGGGAAACAGCAUCAAACAUAAUUCAGACUUGAUUUACUAUGAGGGAAAUUAUGCAAGAGAGACUCCCUAUGAAUACAAUGAGUGUGGAAAAAUCUUCAAUCAACACAUUCUUCUUACUGAUCAUAUUCGUACUGCAGAGAAACCCAGGGGGUAUGGGAAGGCCUUCAGCCACAACUCGUCUCUUUCCCAGCCUCAGAUGGCGCUUACAGGAGAGAAGCCCUAUAAGUGUGAUGAAUGUGAAAAAAGAUUCAGCCAGAGGAUACAUCUCAUUCAACAUCAGAGAAUUCACACGGGAGAAAAGCCCUUUAUAUGCAAUGGAUGUGGGAAAGCCUUCCGUCAGCAUUCAUCCUUCACUCAGCAUCUGAGGAUUCAUACGGGAGAAAAGCCCUAUAAAUGUAAUCAAUGUGGUAAAGCCUUUAGCCGUAUCACGUCCCUUACUGAACAUCAUAGACUUCAUACUGGAGAGAAACCUUAUGAAUGCCGUUUCUGUGGCAAAGCCUUCAGCCAGAGGACACAUCUGAAUCAACACGAAAGAACUCAUACAGGAGAAAAACCCUAUAAAUGUAAUGAAUGUGGGAAAGCCUUUAGCCAGAGCGCGCACCUUAAUCAACACAGGAAAAUCCAUACCCGGGAGAAAUUAUGUGAAUAUAAAUGUGAGCAAACCUUAAGCCACAGUCCGUCACUUAGCAGCACAUAACUCAUGGUGGGGGAAAUCAUGUAAAUAUAUAAAUGUGGGAAAUUUUUGGUCAGACAUUUUUAUCCCAUUCAAUAUCAAAUUAUUCAUAGUGGAGAGAAAGCUUCUACAUAAACUUUUGUUUUUUUGAGACAGAGUCUCACUCUACCCUGGCUGCAGUGCAGUGUCAUGAUCUUGGCUCCCUGCAACCUCCGCCUCCUGGAUUCAAGCAAUUCUCCUGCCUCAGCCUCCCGAGCAGCUGGGGCCACAGGCACACGCCAUCAUGCCUGGAUAAUUUUUUGUAUUUUUAGUAGAGACAGUGUUUCACCAUGUUGGCCAGGCUGGUCUCGAACUCCUAACCUCGGGUGAUUUACCCACCUCAGCCUCCCAAAGUGCUGGGAUUACAGGCAUGAGCCACUGCACCUGGCCAUAAACUUUCAAUGCAUUUCAAACCAAAUUAAUUUAAACCUUAAACUAGCAGCAUAUCACAUUCCCAGGAGGGAUUAUAAAAGGGAAAGUAAUUUAUUUGACAAAUGAGAUUAUAUUUGGAGGCAUGUUCCAAAUCUGAUAUAAAACUUUAAAAGAAAUCAGAAAUCCUUGUCCAGGCAUGGUGUUGCACACCUGCAAUCCCAGCUACCCUGGAGACUGAGGCAUGAGAAUUGCUUGAACAUGGGAGGCGGAGGUUGCAGUGAGCUGAGAUCACGCCACUGCACUCCAGCCUGGGCAACAGAGCAAGACUCUGUCUCAAAAAGAAAAGAAAAGAAAAGAAAAAUCCUGUAGGCAACAACCUGUAAUUACUGUAAUUACUCACCUGUAAGUUUUAUGGUGUAAAACUUUUAAAUCAGAAAUUUUUAUUAAUUAAAGGCAGUGCUGGCUGUAUGUGAUUGCCCACGCCUGUAAUCCCAGCACUUUAGGAGACCAAGGUGGAUAAUGACCUGAGGU